UCACAUAUACGCACACUAAUGUGAAAAAAAUAUCAACCAUAUACUACCUUUUUUAACAUGUGUUCAAAAAUAAAUAAAUAAAUAAACACAAAAUUUAUUGAAAAAUUUUCACAAUUUUUUAUUUUUUUUUGUUUAUUUAUAAAAAAAAUAACAAAAAUGAACUCCAACGAAGUUGUACCUUGUGGAAAAAUGAAAUUUUUUAAUAUCUGGAAAUUUUCUAAUUGUUGGCUACUGACCUGGAAGCUAAUGGACGAAUUGGACCAAAUGUCUCCUGGAUCAGCGUUUUUCUCUUUUCGUUUAAGGGUACACUAUGGACAAAAUUUUACAAAUUUUGUCAAGGCUACUGACCUGAAGCUAAUGGACGAAUUGGACCAAAUCUCUCCUGGAUCAGCGUUUUUCUCUUUUCGUUUAAGGGUACACUAUGGACAAAAUUUUACAAAUUUUGUCAAGGCUACUGACCUGAAGCUAAUGGACGAAUUGGACCAAAUGUCUCCUGGAUCAGCGUUUUUCUCUUUUCGUUUAAGGGUACACUAUGGACAAAAUUUUACAAAUUUUGUCAAGGCUACUGACCUGAAGCUAAUGGACGAAUUGGACCAAAUCUCUCCUGGAUCAGCGUUUUUCUCUUUUCGUUUAAGGGUACACUAUGGACAAAAUUUUACAAAUUUUGUCAAGGCUACUGACCUGAAGCUAAUGGACGAAUUGGACCAAAUCUCUCCUGGAUCAGCGUUUUUCUCUUUUCGUUUAAGGGUACACUAUGGACAAAAUUUUACAAAUUUUGUCAAGGCUACUGACCUGAAGCUAAUGGACGAAUUGGACCAAAUGUCUCCUGGAUCAGCGUUUUUCUCUUUUCGUUUAAGGGUACACUAUGGACAAAAUUUUACAAAUUUUGUCAAGGCUACUGACCUGAAGCUAAUGGACGAAUUGGACCAAAUCUCUCCUGGAUCAGCGUUUUUCUCUUUUCGUUUAAGGGUACACUAUGGACAAAAUUUUACAAAUUUUGUCAAGGCUACUGACCUGAAGCUAAUGGACGAAUUGGACCAAAUGUCUCCUGGAUCAGCGUUUUUCUCUUUUCGUUUAAGGGUACACUAUGGACAAAAUUUUACAAAUUUUGUCAAGGCUACUGACCUGAAGCUAAUGGACGAAUUGGACCAAAUCUCUCCUGGAUCAGCGUUUUUCUCUUUUCGUUUAAGGGUACACUAUGGACAAAAUUUUACAAAUUUUGUCAAGGCUACUGACCUGAAGCUAAUGGACGAAUUGGACCAAAUGUCUCCUGGAUCAGCGUUUUUCUCUUUUCGUUUAAGGGUACACUAUGGACAAAAUUUUACAAAUUUUGUCAAGGCUACUGACCUGAAGCUAAUGGACCAAUUGGACCAAAUCAUGCACGGAGUUCACUGAAAUGGAAGCCAUAAAUAUAUUAAAAUUUAUAAUUUUCAAAUGUGUUACAAUGUUCGGUUUAAUAAACUUACAAUUAGUAA